AUGACGCGACCGAGACGAUCGUCGGGUGCUAGCGACGACAGCGCUGGAACGGCGCAAGAACAGGAGUUGGGCAGCAUGUACGACUAUCUCGCCAAGGUCAUACUACUAGGCCCCAGCGGCACCGGCAAGCAAGUCCAAUCCUGCCUCCUGCACCGUUUCGUCAAAAACGAGUGGAGGGUCCUUUCCUCCCAGACCAUCGGCGUCGAGUUCGCCACUAAAAUAAUUAAGGUCGGCACCGGAGCGCGGCGGAAACGCAUCAAGUUCCAGCUCUGGGACACGGCAGGCACCGAACGCUUUCGAUCCGUUUCGAGAUCAUACUACCGCGGCGCCGCCGGCGCGAUACUCGUCUACGACAUCAGCUCCCACGCCUCCUUCCGCGCUCUCCAACCCUUUCUCAACGACGCCCGCGCCUUGGCGUCACCGAACCUGAGCAUCAUGCUUGUCGGCAACAAGCUCGACCUCGCCUCGGACGACGCCUUGGUCGAUACGAGCGUGCCCCCGGCGACGCCGAGCAGCGUGGGCUCGACGUCGACCAUGACGGCCGGCGACGCCGCCAGCGCUUACUCCAUGUCCGCCAUGCCCGCCGCCGGCUCCUAUCGAGAUGGCGCCGGUUCCAUCGGCGCCGGGACGCACCUGCGAGCGACCGUCGCGCCCGAGGGGAGGGAGAUUACGAGCGUCGACGCGAGCCUGUGGGCGAGCAAGGUCGCCAUCCCCGUCGUGGCCGAGGCAAGCGCCCUCCACGGCGACGGCGUCGACGAGAUAUUCGCCCGCCUCGCACGCAUGAUCCUGACCAAGAUUGAGCUUGGCGAAAUCAACCCCGACAACCCCAUGAGCGGCAUCCAGUACGGCGACGGAGGACACUGGAACGCGGCGAGUGACGGCGGCAGCAUCAAGAGCACCAUGACGGGCCUCACCGUCGACGAUAACGGCGGCGGCCUGCGAAGGCGAUGCAAGGGAAAGGGAAAGAAUCAGAACUGGGGGCUCAGGGAAUGGGAAGAGGUGUUUACCCUCAGCAGCCGACGUCGCGGCGGAGGCUGCUGCUGA